UUCUCAUAUAGAUAUAGAAUAGAAAUUUUAGGUUUGAUCGUUCUAACUAGCUAAUUAAUUUAGUCAGUUGAAGAGGUCCAUCUAACAGGGUCCACUAAUGGCAAACAUACCCUACGUUGAUAAGUUGCACCACCCAUGACUCGCAAACUAUUUUUGCCGUUUUUUUAAUGCUUUGUCAUUAGACACAUUUUGACAGCAGUUGGGGUUAGAACCUGAUUCAAUUUCGUAGAGUAGAUGAUUUAAAAAAUCACUGUUUAAACUUCAAAAAUGUGUUUCUUUUGUGUCCCAUCUCCUCGCCAAAUUCGUUACCGACAGCCCACACCGGAAAUGAAUUACGCUCGGCACGCAUUUACGAAAAUAUGACCCUGAACCGGGAGAGCAUAAGAUCUAUGUCUACUCUUUCACUCGACUAGACAAUAUGCGGCAGUGUAAAUUACCUGCUACAAGGUUCCCCCAUAUUUCGGGUACCCGUCACUAGGAAUUCCACCAGUUUGUAUCGAGCUGUACUGCAGAUUUAACGGACUGCUCUUAGUUAUUCUGCUAUAAAUUUGCCGUUCUAACGAGGUUGUAGUACUUUAUAGCCGAGGUUUAUUUUUCCCGAAAACUGUGACUUACAUGCUAACCACUCUAGUCACCCCGAGCAUCCUGCCCUGUCAGCUCGGAUCACCCUCACCGGCGACAGAACGGUACAGAGAACUAAAUAGCAAAGUGCAAUUCAAGUGUGUAUAGGUUAGAGAUAGGAAUCUACAAAAUUUGGCGCCGCGGCUGCCCGCCCGAAGGAAAACGUUGAACAGUUUUCUUGAAUAUUUCUCCUGGUCAGUUCACGCGCGAUAUUUAUGGUAUUUAUUAGUUGUACCAUCAGAGGAGUCUUUGCCUCAGAUUCCGCGUCAAAUAUUUGCAUGGGUGUGUGUAGAUGUGGGAGCAGGUGUGCCCGUGAUAUUUACCUCUUCUUGGCCAGUGCCGUCGUAAAGUUUAGCCCGAGGUACGUAAUAUACAUACGCGGCGACGACACCAAGCCGACGGGGAAGUUCAGUUGAAUCAUUGAAGCGCACCAGAAAAGGUUGAGCAAUAGCUUGUCUGGAUGGUUUUCGGGGAUCCUGGAAGAAUUUGUGAUGGACACUUUUGCUGAAUACAAUUGAAAUAAAAUUAAGAUUGAUUUUUGCUAGAUCACCAGCUGAAAUACUUUGGUUGCUUAGGUAGUGACAGUGAAACGUUACCAACUUAAAAAAAAUUGAAAAACAUAGUGACGUAACAGCAGUGAUCGUGAUAUUUAGUAUUGCGAAUAUAAACACAGAUUUUAAAGUCAGUUGUACAAAAUAAAACAACAACAGUUUCGACGAUGGAUGAGAGCAAUGAAGUCGUUCUUUACAUUUACGAUUUGACUCGUGGCAUGGCGGCGACGAUGUCUCAAAUGCUGCUAGGUCGUCACAUCGAAGGAAUUUGGCACACGGCGGUGGUUGUCUACGGUCGAGAGUAUUUUUUCGGCUCGCAUGGAAUUACGAGUUGUUUACCGGGAAAUACGAUAUUAGGGCAACCUCAGAGAAAACAAGUGAUUGGACAAACUUUCAUCCCGCUGCCGGUGUUCACGGAUUACGUCCGGGGCCUGGCGGAAAGUACCUUCAGAGGUUCCAGAUACAACCUGCUACAUCACAACUGCAACACCUUCAGCGAAGACCUGUGCCAGUUUCUGUGUGGCGUCGGUAUCCCAAAGUACAUUCUCGAUCUGCCCCAAGAGUUUCUGUCGACUCCCUUAGGCCAGAGCUUUGCGCCGCUAAUCGAAAGCCUGAGCUCGGGUGGUGACCCGACUGCAAACUUCCAGUACGAAUCGGACUUUAUUGGCCUCGGUAGCAAUCGGGCACCAAGUCCAGAUUUAGAACAACUCAACAGUCAGAUCGAGCAAGCUCGUCAACAGUCACAGGAGCUGAACGAACGGCGGAAUAAGAUUCGGGACAAGAUCGAUAAGAACAGUAAGAAAAAAGAGAAAAAGUCUAAAAAGGAACGUAAUCCUACUGACAGUGAUCCAAACUCGACCGAAAUGUCUGAGAGUGAAGCGGACGCACAAAAUGGCCUCAACGGAGUUAAUGGUUCGAUCCCACCAGAAAUGCUGCCCUCGGAGAAGGUACUGAAGGAGGAAGAAGCUGAACGAUUGGCUGAGGAAGAGCGUAAAAAGAAUCGUGAACAACCGAUUAUAUUCAAGGAAGUGGAUCCCAAACUGGAACUAGAAUGUUUGGUGAACCUUGUAGACGGAAAACUCUCCGAAGAGGAACAAAUAGCAGUAGACGAGCUGCACCAAUACCUGCUGUUGGGA